AUGGUUUGCGACGAUACAGACUCUAGAAGCCAUGUUGGAAUCGGAGGGAACGAUGUUGAUCAGCUGGUGAAGCUUGAACCAGACGUUAACGACCACGAACUCGAACUGACAUUACACACGCUUUUGACACAAGCCAAUGACCACCAGGAUCCUUCAGAUCCAUUGCAUUGCGCCAUAGAGAAAGCGAUCUCGGAGAUGGAACUGCCAGAAAUGAUGGUGGACUCUCCGGGGGACUGGACUCCUCUCGGCGAUGAGCGCGAACUGGAGAUAGAGGUAGCACAUAAUGACGGUAGUGACGAGAGAGACAUUUGUGAAGACACAGCUAAUGUGCAGCUCACGGUAGAUAACAUAUUAGCGGACCAUGCGCUGCACGGUUUUGGAGGCAAGAGCAAAAAGAGAGCAUACGAAGAAGAACCAGAUGAACAGGAUGAGGCACAGGCUGACGUUUCUUGCGAUACACAGGCAGAACAACCGCAGCAGAGCCGCACUGUAACAUCGACUGCAUACGAGACGUUGUCGCCAGCGUCUUUAUCUCCCAUAUCGGACUCAGAAUCGCAGUACAAACACAAAAAACCUGGAUUCAAGAAGCCUACAACGGCGGCAACGUUGACUCAAAGGAUCCAUACCCCCUUGGAGCCUCCCUCCAAGUUCACCAACGAGUUUACCAUGGCUCAAGUGACAGAUGUCAAAAAGAGGAUCAUUAACACGCAUAAGCUUUUGUUGAACUUCAAUUUUUUGAAAGACGGAUACGCUCGAACCAGCGUGGAAUUGAAGAGAACCUUAUUGAGGCUGAAACAGAGUGAAAUUCAUAGAGCACAGCUGUUGCAAGAAAACGAGCAGCUAAAGAGACUAGUCAUCGAACAGAGCGAGAAAUUAGAGACCCAUAAUACUACGAAAUGA